AUCACUGCAGGGAGGACGUCGCGAGCUGACUGCUCUGAGGCUGCGCGCAAGGAGUUCCCACGGCCCCGCCGCCGCCUCCCGCGCAGAUUUUUGCCAUCAGACUCCAGGGCGCAGAAUGAUUUGGGGAGUGACCGUGUUGCUCAGCGUGGCCCUGGGAAUUGGUGCUGUUCCUGUGGACGAUCCCGAGGAUGGGGGCAAGCACUGGGUGGUGAUUGUGGCAGGUUCUAAUGGCUGGUAUAAUUAUAGGCACCAGGCCGACGCUUGCCACGCCUACCAGAUCGUGCACCGCAACGGCAUUCCCGACGAGCAGAUCGUCGUGAUGAUGUACGAUGACAUCGCCAACUCCGAAGACAAUCCCACCCCGGGGGUCGUGAUCAACAGGCCCAAUGGCUCGGAUGUGUACGCAGGUGUCCCCAAGGACUACACCGGCGAGGAUGUCACCCCACAAAAUUUCCUUGCUGUGCUGAGAGGAGAUGCAGAAGCAGUGAAGGGCAAUGGGUCUGGAAAAGUCUUGAAGAGUGGCCCCCGGGACCAUGUGUUCGUCUACUUCACCGAUCAUGGAGCCGCGGGAAUACUGGUGUUCCCUAACGACGAGCUCCAUGUCAAAGACCUAAACGAAACCAUCCAGUACAUGUACGAUCAUAAAAAGUACCAAAAGAUGGUGUUCUACAUUGAGGCCUGUGAGUCCGGCUCCAUGAUGAAGCACCUGCCCAAAGACAUCAACGUGUACGCAACCACCGCGUCCAACCCCAGAGAGUCGUCCUACGCCUGUUACUACGACGAGAAGAGGUCCACGUACCUGGGGGACUGGUACAGCGUCAACUGGAUGGAGGACUCGGAUGUGGAGGACUUGACCAAAGAGACCCUGCACAGGCAGUACCUGCUGGUGAAGUCCCACACCAACACCAGCCACGUCAUGCAGUACGGGAACAAGUCCAUCUCCAACAUGAAAGUAAUGCAGUUCCAAGGUGUGAAGCACAAAGCCAGCUCUCCCAUCUCCCUGCCUCCAGUCACAAACCUUGACCUCACGCCAAGCCCUGAGGUGGUCCUCACGAUCCUGAAAAGGAAGCUGAUGAAAACCAAUGAUCUGGUGGAGUCCAAGAGGCUUGUCAAAGAAAUCAACGCCCAUCUGGAGGCCAGGACUGUCAUCGAGAAGUCGGUGCAGAAGAUUGUCUCCCUGCUUGCGAGGUCUGACGCCGAGGCGGAUCGGCUCCUGUCGGCGCGGGCCACGCUCACGGCCCAUGACUGCUACCAGGCGGCCGUGUCCCAUUUCCGCUCACGCUGCUUCAACUGGCAUUCCUCCGUGCAGCAUGAACAUGCUCUGCGGUUCCUGUACGUGCUGGUCAACCUCUGUGAAGAACCUUACCCAGUCGACAGAAUAAAGAUGUCGAUGGACAAGGUAUGCCUCACUAACUACUGAACGGGCACCAGCUGGAUAUGUUUCCAAGUGUGAGCACCCCUGUAGCAUUUGCCAUGCCCAGACUGAAGAGCUGGAGCAGGAGGGAAGCUGAGUUGUGGCCCCAGGCCCCCCAGGAUCGCAGGCCAGCCACUACAAGACAGCUGCUCAUCUUUGCCUCUCCCCAACCUGCAGGUCCUGUGUGAUGCUCAGGAAAAACCCUAAGUUUAGGUGGGCGGAGCUCUGCUGAGAAAGGCUUUUUGCCUUUGCAUAUUGUAUGUAAUCUUUGCCCAGGAAGUUCACUGGGGCUUCUGUCACCUGUGAGUCUUUGAGGAAUUUGAAACUGAAACCUUUAAGAAUGACUGUAUGGAGAGGAAUGUAAGCCCCAAGUGGAAAAUUACUUUUAGAAAAUAAUUAGAUUUGAUUUGAUUACUUUUGUAUUUAAUUCCACAACAAUGGAUAUGUCUUAGAAAAAAUAAAGAUUUAUAACUGA